GGUGACGGGAACUGUGGCAGCCAUGCAGUGGAAAUGUGUGGCCUUGCUUUUCCUUACUUUGUCUGUUGUCAUGAAAGUCAAGGCCAGACUGGUCAGCAACCAUCUCAGUAGUAUCUGCAGCACAUGGGGCAGAGAGCACUUCAAGACAUUUGACGGUGAUGUUUACCAGUUUUCUGGUACGUGCGAGUACAACCUUGCUUCAGACUGCCACGCGGCCAUGCAGGAGUUCUCAGUGCACAUGAGGAGGGAGACGAAUGACGGGAACCCAACUGUCAGCUAUUUGGUGGUCACCAUCAAUGACCUUGCGUUUCACCUUACCAAGGAAGUGGUCACUGUUAAUGGCCAACCUGUCACAUUGCCACACUAUAAUGGUGGAGUUCAAGUGGAAAAUAAUGAUGUCUACAUCAAACUGCAGUCUAAAGUUGGCCUUGUCGUCAUGUGGAAUGGUGAUGAUGCAGUCAUGGUGGAGGUUGAUCGUGACUAUGCUAAUCGCACUUGUGGACUCUGUGGUGACUACAAUGGCAUUCCUGUCUACAAUGAGUUGAUUUACAAUGGUCGAAUAAUCAGCCACAUUGAGUUUGGCAACAACCAAAAGGUUCAUAACCCAAAUGAUGAUUGUGAGGACCCCUUUGAGGAGAACGGAGAACCGCUUGAAGAUGUUCCAAAUGUGGAUUCGUGCGAGGAGUUUAAAACGUCCUGCAACCAGUUGUUGCUUUCAGAGUCUUGGAGCCCCUGCACCCAGCUUAUUGACCCUGCACCCUAUGUGCAGGCUUGUGUGGAGGACAUGUGUGGCUGCAACAACCACACAAAUGACACCUGUGUCUGCAGCACACUAUCCGAGUUCUCUCGACAGUGUUCCCAUGCUGGCGGAGUGCCUCCCAACUGGAGGACGCCACUGUUUUGUGCCAAGCAGUGUCCUUACAACAUGGUGUAUGAGGAGAGCGGUUCUCCUUGCAUGGACACGUGCACACACCUGGACACCAGUUCCAUGUGUGAGGACCACAGAAUGGAUGGCUGCUUCUGUCCACCUGGCACUGUGUUUGAUGACAUUUCCAUGAGAGGAUGCAUUGAUCAAUCGGAAUGUCAGUGCAAGCAUGGAAAAAUCUACAACUCAAGCGAGGGCUACCAACAAGACAAGGAGAUAUGUACAUGUUUUCAGGGCAGAUGGUCUUGCGAGUAUCUUCAGGGGCCUGCUACAUGUGCAGUGGAGGAGGGUUCACAUGUAACCACCUUCGAUGGCAAAUCCUACACCUUCCACGGAGACUGUUAUUACACACUAGCCAAGGUGGAAAGCAAGGAUGCCUCAAGUCCGAAUUUUACCAUCCAGGUGCAACUGGUGCCUUGUACAAACCAACAUUUUGACACUUGUCUCAAGGCACUUAAAAUCCUGUUAAACAAUGACAGAAACAAUGUGUUAAUGUUCUUUGCCGAUGGGGCAGUGAAACAGAACCAGCAAACCAUCACUUUGCCGUACCAUACAGCGGACAUCAACAUAUUCCAUGCCUCGUCAUUUCACAUGUUGCUACAUACCAGUUUUGGGUUGCAAAUUCAGAUUCAGCACGUGCCUCUCAUGCAAGUGUAUGUGCGGUUGGAUGAGAGCUACAACGGAAAGACGCGUGGUUUAUGUGGCAACUACAACCUGGCCUUGUCCGAUGACUUGAAAACCCCUCAGGGGAUUGUCGAAGGGACAGCGACCACAUUUAGUAACACCUGGAAGUUGAACGUCAUCUGCCGGGACACGAGGGAAAGACUUGAUGACCCCUGUGCUCUCAGUGUGGAAAAUGACUUGUAUGCCAAACACUGGUGCGCCUUGCUGUUACACCCAAAUAGCACCUUUGAAAAGUGCCAUUCAUUAGUAGAUCCUGAUGUGUAUUACAAGCGGUGCACUUACGCGAGCUGCAAUUGUGACAAGAGUGAAUCCUGCCUGUGUGCUGUCUUGUCCUCCUACGCCCGAGCGUGUGCAUCAAAGGGAGUCUUCUUGAUGGACUGGAGAGCAAACGUGUGUGAUAAAUACACAAGGACCUGCCCAGAAUCUCAGAUCUUUUCAUACAAGCAUCAACGGUGCGAGCUGACCUGCAGAUCGUUGAGUUCGUCACUGCAAACUUGCUCCUCUGACUUCCUGCCCGUGGAUGGCUGCUCCUGUCCCGAGGGUCAACACCUCGAUGAACAUGCCAUCUGCAUCCCCAAAGAAAAAUGUCCCUGUUAUCACAAUGAGGCCAUCGUCCAGCCAGGGAAGUCUAUCAACAUCAAGGGCGAACACUGUGUGUGCAGUAAUGGGGUGCUUCAUUGCCACUCUUGGAGAGCCCGCUCAUCAACAUGUCCUCCACACAAAGUGUACUUCAACUGCUCCAAUCCAGGCUCGGGGCAAUUUGGAGUCCAGUGUGCACCAACUUGUUUAAAUCUGGACAGCAAUGAUUGUGACUCCAACGAUUGUGAAUCAGGUUGUCAGUGUCCAGACGGCCUUUUUGAUGAUGGCAAAGGUUUCUGUGUAGAAAGAUCACAAUGUCCGUGUAAACAUGAUGGAAUAUUCUAUGUUCCUGGGAAACAAAUUCCAAAUCAGUGCAACAUGUGUACUUGCAAAAGUGGAAAAUGGGAGUGCACAGAGGAAAAAUGCCCUGGAACCUGCAUUAUUUACGGAAGUGGUCAUUAUAAUACAUUUGAUGAACGAACGUAUGGCUUUCAAGGACACUGCAGCUAUGUUGCAGUCAAGAACAAAUGUGGCAAUAAAACAGCACAGGACAACAUUGGAGUGAUCACAGAGAACGUACCGUGUGGCUCUACAGGCACCACAUGCUCAAAAAUUGUCCGAAUACAGUUGGGGCGAAUGGAAAUCAAACUAUCCAAAGGAAAGUAUGAAGAGGUGGACCUGGGACAGGGCAAUCAAAUAAAGUACACAAUAAGGACAGUUGGCAUGUAUCUUGUUGUAGAAUCUGUCAUUGGUAUGGCAGUGAUGUGGGAUCGCAAAACAACUGUCCGCAUCCUCUUGGAACCUCAGCACAGUGGAGAAGUGUGUGGCCUGUGUGGAGAUUUCAAUGGCAAUGAACAUAAUGACUUCACCACUCAGGGUCAGCUGUUAGUGACCAAUGUGUUAGAAUUUGCAAACAGCUGGAAAACCAGCAGCAAUUGCCCAAAUGUGGAAGCAAACGUCGAUCCAUGUACGGUAGCACCCAAUCGUCAUCACUGGUCCAAAAUGAUGUGCAGCAUUAUAACUGGAGAAACAUUCAAAGCAUGUCACAAUACGGUGGAUCCACUUCCAUUUCGUGAAAACUGUGUGAAAGACUCAUGUGCCUGUGACACUGGAGGCGACUGCGAAUGUUUUUGCACAGCAGUUGCAGCCUAUGGUCAAGCUUGCAAUGAGGCUGGUGUAUGUGUUGCAUGGAGAACACCAGACAUCUGUCCGGUCUACUGUGAUUACUAUAACAACCCAGAGGAAUGUCGGUGGCACUACAACCCAUGUCAUCAACCCUGCUACAAGACCUGCUUAAAUCCAGAGGGAAUUUGUAGCAACCCCUUACCCAACCUGGAGGGUUGUUAUCCUGUCUGCCCAGAAGACAAGCCCAUAUUCGAUGAGGAACAUCAAAUAUGUGUUGAGGAAUGUGAAGGUUGCUUUUACAAGGGGAAAAGAUAUGAUGAAUAUGACGUUAUUUACAAUGUGACUGACAACCUAGGAAUGUGCUACUAUGCGAUAUGUAUUAAUAGAACUGUAAUAUUCAGAAAUGAAACCUGCUCCACAACAGCCCGUCCUACAACAACACCAGUAACUGAACCAAUUACUACGACGGAAGGGCCAAGUACCACCUACACAAAAACAACAGUCCCACCAACAGGACCUCCCACGACCACUGAAGUAACCACAAUAACAAGAUCAACAACUCUAUCAACAGUACCUAUCACCACAACAGAAACGCUAACCACAAUAAUAAAAUCUACGCCUCAGACAGAAACUACCAGUCGAGAGCCAACCACAACAGAAUCAACUAGCCCACCGACAGCACCUCUAACUACAACUAAAGGACAAACUAUUAACACAAAAUCUACUACGGGACCUCCUUCGAGUUCAACUACAAUUGAGGAACCUGUAACUGGAACUAUAGAAAGCCCACCAACUGCCGCUGUCAUUACAAAAUCUACAACAACGACAGUGGGACGCACCACGACAACUGAAGGGCCAACAACAACAGAAUCUACGACGACAACAUCAGGACAGACCACCACAACUGUAGGACCAACUACUACAACUAAAUCUACAACCAUACCCGUCGGACCCACCACCACAACUGAAGGUCCAACAACGCCAACCAAAUCAACUACCAAACCCACAGGACCCACCACCACAACUGAAGGUCCAACAACAACAACUAAAUCAACAACCACACCCCCAGGACCCACCACCACAACGGAAGGUCCAACAACAACAACUAAAUCUACAACGACACCCCCUGGAACCACCACCACAAGGGAAGGUCCAACAACAACAACUAAAUCAACAACCACCCCACUUGGACCCACGACAACAACUAAAGGACCAACCACUACAACUAAAUCUACAACCACCCCACUUGGACCCACAACAACAACUGAAGGACCAACUACUACAACUAAAUCUACAACCAUACCCGUCGGACCUACCACCACAACUGAAGGUCCAACAACAAUAACUAAAUCAACAACCACACCCCCAGGACGUACCACCACAACGGAAGGUCCAACAACAACAACUAAAUCAACAACCACACCCCCAGGACCCACAACCACAACGGAAGGUCCAACAACAACAACUAAAUCAACAAACACACCCCCUGGACCCACCACCACAACGGAAGGUCCAACAACAACAAAAAAAUCUACGACCACACCAUCAGGACAGACCACCACAACUGUAGGUCCAACUACUACUACUAAAUCAACAACCACACCCCCAGGACCCACCACCACAACGGAAGGUCCAACAACAACAACUAAAUCUACAACGACACCCCCUGGACCUACCACCUCAACGGAAGGUCCAACAACAACAACAAAAUCUACGACGACAACAUCAGGACAGACCACCACAACUGUAGGUCCAACCACUACAACUAAAUCUACAACCACCCCACUUAGACCCACAACAACAACCGAAGGACCAACUACUACAACUAAAUCUACAACCAUACCCGUCGGACCCACCACCACAACUGAAGGUCCAACAACAACAACUAAAUCAACAACCAGACCCCCAGGACCCACCACCACAACCGAAGGUCCAACAACAACAACUAAAUCAACAACCACACCCCCUGGACCCACCACCACAACGGAAGCUCCUUCAACUACAACCAAAUCUACACCCACACCAGUUGAACCAACAACAACAACCAAAGGACCAACCACUACAAGUAAAUCUAUAACCACCCCACUUGGACCCACAACAACAUCCGAAGGACCAACUACUACAACUAAAUCUACAACCAUACCCGUCGGACCCACCACCACAACUGAAGGUCCAACAACGACAACCAAAUCAACUACCAAACCCACAGGACCCACCACCACAACUGAAGGUCCAACAACAACAACAAAAUCUACGACGACACCAUCAGGACAGACCACCACAACUGUAGGUCCAACCACUACAACUAAAUCGACAACCACCCCACUUGGACCCACAACAACAACUGAAGGACCAACCACUACAACUAAAUCUACAACCACCCCACUUGGACCCACAACAACAACCGAAGGACCAACUACUACAACUAAAUCAACAACCAGACCCCCAGGACACACCACCACAACGGAAGGUCCAACAACAACAACUAAAUCAACAACCACACCCCCUGGACCCACCACCACAACGGAAGCUCCAUCAACUACAACCAAAUCUACACCCACACCAGUUGAACCCACAACAACAACCAAAGGACCAACCACUACAAGUAAAUCUAUAACCACCCCACUUGGACCCACAACAACAACCGAAGGACCAACUACUACAACUAAAUCUACAACCAUACCCGUCGGACCAACCACCACAACUGAAGGUCCAACAACGACAACCAAAUCAACUACCAAACCCACAGGACCCACCACCACAACUGAAGGUCCAACAACUAAAUCAACAACCACACCCCCAGGACCCACCACCACAACGGAAGGUCCAACAACAACAACAAAAUCUACGACGACACCAUCAGGACAGACCACCACAACUGUAGGUCCAACCACUACAACUAAAUCUACAACCACCCCACUUGGACCCACAACAACAACUGAAGGACCAACUAUGACAACUAAAUCUACAACGACACCCCCUGGACCCACCACCUCAACGGAAGGUCCAACAACAACAGCAAAAUCUACGACAACACCAUCAGGACAGACCACCACAACUGUAGGUCCAACCACUACAAUUAAAUCUACAACCACCCCACUUGGACCCACGACAACAACUAAAGGACCAACCACUACAAGUAAAUCUACAACCACCCCACUUGGACCCACAACAACAUCCGAAGGACCAACUACUACAACUAAAUCUACAACCAUACCCAUCGGACCCACCACCACAACUGAAGGUCCAACAACGACAACCAAAUCAACUACCAAACCCACAGGACCCACCACCACAACUGAAGGUCCAACAACAACAACUAAAUCAACAACCACACCCCCUGGACCCACCACCACAACGGAAGCUCCAUCAACUACAACCAAAUCUACACCCACACCAGUUGAACCCACAACAACAACCAAAGGACCAACCACUACAAGUAAAUCUAUAACCACCCCACUUGGACCCACAACAACAACCGAAGGACCAACUACUACAACUAAAUCUACAACCAUACCCGUCGGACCAACCACCACAACUGAAGGUCCAACAACGACAACCAAAUCAACUACCAAACCCACAGGACCCACCACCACAACUGAAGGUCCAACAACUAAAUCAACAACCACACCCCCAGGACCCACCACCACAACGGAAGGUCCAACAACAACAACAAAAUCUACGACGACACCAUCAGGACAGACCACCACAACUGUAGGUCCAACCACUACAACUAAAUCUACAACCACCCCACUUGGACCCACAACAACAACUGAAGGACCAACUAUGACAACUAAAUCUACAACGACACCCCCUGGACCCACCACCUCAACGGAAGGUCCAACAACAACAGCAAAAUCUACGACAACACCAUCAGGACAGACCACCACAACUGUAGGUCCAACCACUACAAUUAAAUCUACAACCACCCCACUUGGACCCACGACAACAACUAAAGGACCAACCACUACAAGUAAAUCUACAACCACCCCACUUGGACCCACAACAACAUCCGAAGGACCAACUACUACAACUAAAUCUACAACCAAACCCAUCGGACCCACCACCACAACUGAAGGUCCAACAACGACAACCAAAUCAACUACCAAACCCACAGGACCCACCACCACAACUGAAGGUCCAACAACAACAACUAAAUCAACAACCACACCCCCUGGACCCACCACCACAACGGAAGCUCCAUCAACUACAACCAAAUCUACACCCACACCAGUUGAACACACAACAACAACCAAAGGACCAACCACUACAAGUAAAUCUAUAACCACCCCGCUUGGGCCCACAACAACAACCGAAGGACCAACUACUACAAAUAAAUCUACAACCAUACCCGUCGGACCCACCACCACAACUGAAGGUCCAACAACGACAACCAAAUCAACUACCAAACCCACAGGACCCACCACCACAACUGAAGGUCCAACCACAACAACUAAAUCAACAACCACACCCCCAGGACCCACCACCACAACGGAAGGUCCAACAACAACAACUAAAUCUACAACGACACCCCCUGGACCUACCACCUCAACGGAAGGUCCAACAACAACAACAAAAUCUACGACGACAACAUCAGGACAGACCACCACAACUGUAGGUCCAACCACUACAACUAAAUCUACAACCACCCCACUUGGACCCACAACAACAACCGAAGGACCAACUACUACAACUAAAUCUACUACCAUACCCGUCGGACCCACCACCACAACUGAAGGUCCAACAACGACAAUCAAAUCAACUACCAAACCCACACGACCCACCACCACAACUGAAGGUCCAACAACAACAACAAAAUCUACGACGACACCAUCAGGACAGACCACCACAACUGUAGGUCCAACCACUACAACUAAAUCUACAACAACCCCACUUGGACCCACAACAACAACUGAAGGACCAACUAUGACAACUAAAUCUACAACGACACCCCCUGGACCCACCACCUCAACAGAAGGUCCAACAACAACAGCAAAAUCUAUGACAACACCAUCAGGACAGACCACCACAACUGUAGGUCCAACCACUACAACUAAAUCUACAACCACCCCACUUGGACCCACAACAACAACCGAAGGACCAACUACUACAACUAAAUCUACAACCAUACCCGUCGGACCCACCACCACAACUGAAGGUCCAACAACAACAACUAAAUCAACAACCAGACCCCCAGGACCCACCACCACAACGGAAGGUCCAACAACAACAACUAAAUCAACAACCACACCCCCUGGACCCACCACCACAACGGAAGCUCCAUCAACUACAACCAAAUCUACACCCACACCAGUUGAACCAACCACCACAACUGAAGGUCCAACAACGACAACCAAAUCAACUACCAAAACCACAGGACCCACCACCACAACUGAAGGUCCAACAACAACAACUAAAUCAACAACCACACCCCCAGGACCCACCACCACAACGGAAGGUCCAACAACAACAACAAAAUCUAUGACGACACCAUCAGGACAGACCACCACAACUGUAGGUCCAACCACUACAACUAAAUCUACAACCACCCCACUUGGACCCACGACAACAACUAAAGGACCAACCACUACAAGUAAAUCUACAACCACCCCACUUGGACCCACAACAACAACCGAAGGACCAACUACUACAACUAAAUCUACAACCAUACCCGUCGGACCCACCACCACAACUGAAGGUCCAACAACGACAACCAAAUCAACUACCAAACCCACAGGACCGACCACCACAACUGAAGGUCCAACAACAACAACUAAAUCAACAACCACACCCCCAGGAACCACCACCACAACGGAAGGUCCAACAACAACAACAAAAUCUACGACGACACCAUCAGGACAGACCACCACAACUGUAGGUCCAACCACUACAACUAAAUCGACAACCACCCCACUUGGACCUACAACAACAACUGAAGGAUUAACUACUACAACAAAAUCUACAACCAUACCCGUCGGACCCACCACCACAACUGAAGCUCCAACAACAACAACUAAAUCAACAACCACACCCCCAGGACCCACCACCACAACGGAAGGUCCAACAACAACAACUAAAUCAACAACCACACCCCCAGGACCCACCACCCCAACGGAAGGUCCAACAACAACAACUAAAUCAACAACCACAUCCCCUGGACCCACCACCACAACGGAACGUCCAACAACAACAACAAAAUCAACGACGACACCAUCAGGACAGACCACCACAACUGUAGGUCCAACCACUACAACUAAAUCAACAACCACACCCCCAGGACCCACCACCACAACGGAAGGUCCAACAACAACAACUAAAUCUACAACGACACCCCCUGGACCUACCACCUCAACGGAAGGUCCAACAACAACAACAAAAUCUACGACGACAACAUCAGGACAGACCACCACAACUGUAGGUCCAACCACUACAACUAAAUCUACAACCACCCCACUUGGACCCACAACAACAACCGAAGGACCAACUACUACAACUAAAUCUACAACCAUACCCGUCGGACCCACCACCACAACUGAAGGUCCAACAACGACAAUCAAAUCAACUACCAAACCCACAGGACCCACCACCACAACUGAAGUUCCAACAACAACAACAAAAUCUACGACGACACCAUCAGGACAGACCACCACAACUGUAGGUCCAACCACUACAACUAAAUCUACAACCACCCCACUUGGACCCACAACAACAACUGAAGGACCAACUAUGACAACUAAAUCUACAACGACACCCCCUGGACCCACCACCUCAACGGAAGGUCCAUCAACAACAACUAAAUCAACAACCAGACCCCCAGGACCCACCACCACAACGGAAGGUCCAACAACAACAACUAAAUCAACAACCACACCCCCUGGACCCACCACCACAACGGAAGCUCCAUCAACUACAACCAAAUCUACACCCACACCAGUUGAACCCACAACAACAACCAAAGGACCAACCACUACAAGUAAAUCUAUAACCACCCCACUUGGACCCACAACAACAACCGAAGGACCAACUACUACAACUAAAUCUACAACCAUACCCGUCGGACCAACCACCACAACUGAAGGUCCAACAACGACAACCAAAUCAACUACCAAACCCACAGGACCCACCACCACAACUGAAGGUCCAACAACAACAACUAAAUCAACAACCACAUCCCCAGGACCCACCACCACAACGGAAGGUCCAACAACAACAACAAAAUCUACGACGACACCAUCAGGACAGACCACCACAACUGUAGGUCCAACCACUACAACUAAAUCUACAACCACCCCACUUAGACCCACAACAACAACUGAAGGACCAACUAUGACAACUAAAUCUACAACGACACCCCCUGGACCCACCACCUCAACGGAAGGUCCAACAACAACAGCAAAAUCUACGACGACACAUUCAGGACAGACCACCACAACUGUAGGUCCAACCACGACAACUAAAUCUACAACCACCCCACUUGGACCCACGACAACAACUAAAGGACCAACCACUAUAAGUAAAUCUACAACCACCCCACUUGGACCCACAACAACAACCGAAGGACCAACAACGACAACCAAAUCAACUACCAAACCCACAGGACCCACCACCACAACUGAAGGUCCAACAACAACAACUAAAUCAACAACCACACCCCCAGGACCCACCACCACAACGGAAGGUCCAACAACAACAACAAAAUCUACGACGACACCAUCAGGACAGACCACCACAACUGUAGGUCCAACCACUACAACUAAAUCGACAACCACCCCACUUGGACCUACAACAACAACUGAAGGAUUAACUACUACAACUAAAUCUACAACCAUACCCGUCGGACCCACCACCACAACUGAAGCUCCAACAACAACAACUAAAUCAACAACCACACCCCCAGGACCCACCACCACAACGGAAGGUCCAACAACAACAACUAAAUCAACAACCACACCCCCAGGACCCACCACCCCAACGGAAGGUCCAACAACAACAACUAAAUCAACAACCACACCCCCUGGACCCACCACCACAACGGAACGUCCAACAACAACAACAAAAUCAACGACGACACCAUCAGGACAGACCACCACAACUGUAGGUCCAACCACUACAACUAAAUCAACAACCACACCCCCAGGACCCACCACCACAACGGAAGGUCCAACAACAACAACUAAAUCUACAACGACACCCCCUGGACCUACCACCUCAACGGAAGGUCCAACAACAACAACAAAAUCUACGACGACAACAUCAGGACAGACCACCACAACUGUAGGUCCAACCACUACAACUAAAUCUACAACCACCCCACUUGGACCCACAACAACAACCGAAGGACCAACUACUACAACUAAAUCUACAACCAUACCCGUCGGACCCACCACCACAACUGAAGGUCCAACAACGACAAUCAAAUCAACUACCAAACCCACAGGACCCACCACCACAACUGAAGGUCCAACAACAACAACAAAAUCUACGACGACACCAUCAGGACAGACCACCACAACUGUAGGUCCAACCACUACAACUAAAACUACAACCACCCCACUUGGACCCACAACAACAACUGAAGGACCAACUAUGACAACUAAAUCUACAACGACACCCCCUGGACCCACCACCUCAACGGAAGGUCCAUCAACAACAACUAAAUCAACAACCAGACCCCCAGGACCCACCACCACAACGGAAGGUCCAACAACAACAACUAAAUCAACAACCACACCCCCUGGACCCACCACCACAACGGAAGCUCCAUCAACUACAACCAAAUCUACACCCACACCAGUUGAACCCACAACAACAACCAAAGGACCAACCACUACAAGUAAAUCUAUAACCACCCCACUUGGACCCACAACAACAACCGAAGGACCAACUACUACAACUAAAUCUACAACCAUACCCGUCGGACCAACCACCACAACUGAAGGUCCAACAACGACAACCAAAUCAACUACCAAACCCACAGGACCCACCACCACAACUGAAGGUCCAACAACAACAACUAAAUCAACAACCACAUCCCCAGGACCCACCACCACAACGGAAGGUCCAACAACAACAACAAAAUCUACGACGACACCAUCAGGACAGACCACCACAACUGUACGUCCAACCACUACAACUAAAUCUACAACCACCCCACUUAGACCCACAACAACAACUGAAGGACCAACUAUGACAACUAAAUCUACAACGACACCCCCUGGACCCACCACCUCAACGGAAGGUCCAACAACAACAGCAAAAUCUACGACGACACAUUCAGGACAGACCACCACAACUGUAGGUCCAACCACGACAACUAAAUCUACAACCACCCCACUUGGACCCACGACAACAACUAAAGGACCAACCACUAUAAGUAAAUCUACAACCACCCCACUUGGACCCACAACAACAACCGAAGGACCAACAACGACAACCAAAUCAACUACCAAACCCACAGGACCCACCACCACAACUGAAGGUCCAACAACAACAACUAAAUCAACAACCACACCCCCAGGACCCACCACCACAACGGAAGGUCCAACAACAACAACAAAAUCUACGACGACACCAUCAGGACAGACCACCACAACUGUAGGUCCAACCACUACAACUAAAUCGACAACCACCCCACUUGGACCUACAACAACAACUGAAGGAUUAACUACUACAACUAAAUCUACAACCAUACCCGUCGGACCCACCACCACAACUGAAGCUCCAACAACAACAACUAAAUCAACAACCACACCCCCAGGACCCACCACCACAACGGAAGGUCCAACAACAACAACUAAAUCAACAACCACACCCCCAGGACCCACCACCCCAACGGAAGGUCCAACAACAACAACUAAAUCAACAACCACACCCCCUGGACCCACCACCACAACGGAACGUCCAACAACAACAACAAAAUCAACGACGACACCAUCAGGACAGACCACCACAACUGUAGGUCCAACCACUACAACUAAAUCAACAACCACACCCCCAGGACCCACCACCACAACGGAAGGUCCAACAACAACAACUAAAUCUACAACGACACCCCCUGGACCUACCACCUCAACGGAAGGUCCAACAACAACAACAAAAUCUACGACGACAACAUCAGGACAGACCACCACAACUGUAGGUCUAACCACUACAACUAAAUCUACAACCACCCCACUUGGACCCACAACAACAACCGAAGGACCAACUACUACAACUAAAUCUACAACCAUACCCGUCGGACCCACCACCACAACUGAAGGUCCAACAACGACAAUCAAAUCAACUACCAAACCCACAGGACCCACCACCACAACUGAAGGUCCAACAACAACAACAAAAUCUACGACGACACCAUCAGGACAGACCACCACAACUGUAGGUCCAACCACUACAACUAAAACUACAACCACCCCACUUGGACCCACAACAACAACUGAAGGACCAACUAUGACAACUAAAUCUACAACGACACCCCCUGGACCCACCACCUCAACGGAAGGUCCAUCAACAACAACUAAAUCAACAACCAGACCCCCAGGACCCACCACCACAACGGAAGGUCCAACAACAACAACUAAAUCAACAACCACACCCCCUGGACCCACCACCACAACGGAAGCUCCAUCAACUACAACCAAAUCUACACCCACACCAGUUGAACCCACAACAACAACCAAAGGACCAACCACUACAAGUAAAUCUAUAACCACCCCACUUGGACCCACAACAACAACCGAAGGACCAACUACUACAACUAAAUCUACAACCAUACCCGUCGGACCAACCACCACAACUGAAGGUCCAACAACGACAACCAAAUCAACUACCAAACCCACAGGACCCACCACCACAACUGAAGGUCCAACAACAACAACUAAAUCAACAACCACAUCCCCAGGACCCACCACCACAACGGAAGGUCCAACAACAACAACAAAAUCUACGACGACACCAUCAGGACAGACCACCACAACUGUAGGUCCAACCACUACAACUAAAUCUACAACCACCCCACUUAGACCCACAACAACAACUGAAGGACCAACUAUGACAACUAAAUCUACAACGACACCCCCUGGACCCACCACCUCAACGGAAGGUCCAACAACAACAGCAAAAUCUACGACGACACCAUCAGGACAGACCACCACAACUGUAGGUCCAACCACGACAACUAAAUCUACAACCACCCCACUUGGACCCACGACAACAACUAAAGGACCAACCACUACAAGUAAAUCUACAACCACCCCACUUGGACCCACACCAACAACCGAAGGACCAACUACUACAACUAAAUCUACAACCAUACCCGUCGGACCCACCACCACAACUGAAGGUCCAACAACAACAACUAAAUCAACAACCACACCCCCUGGACCCACCACCACAACGGAAGCUCCAUCAACUACAACCAAAUCUACACCCACACCAGUUGAACCCACAACAACAACCAAAGGACCAACCACUACAACUAAAUCUACAACCACCCCACUUGGACCCACAACAACAACCGAAGGACCAACUACUACAACUAAAUCUACAACCAUACCCGUCGGACCCACCACCACAAUGGAAGGUCCAACAACAACAACUAAAUCAACAACCACACCCCCAGGACCCAUCACCACAACGGAAGGUCCAACAACAACAACAAAAUCUACGACGACACCAUCAGGACAGACCACCAAUACUGUAGGUCCAACAACAACAACUAAAUCAACAACCACACCCCCAGGACCUACCACCUCAACGGAAGGUCCAACAACAACAACAAAAUCUACGAUGACAACAUCAGGACAGACCACCACAACUGUAGGUCCAACCACUACAACUAAAUCUACAACCACCCCACUUGGACCCACGACAACAACUAAAGAACCAACCACUACAAGUAAAUCUACAACCAUACCCGUCGGAUCCACCACCACAACUGAAAGUCCAACAUCGACAACCAAAUCAACUACCAAACCCACAGGACCCACCACCACAACGGAAGGUCCAACAACUAAAUCAACAACCACACCCCCUGGACCCACCACCACAACGGAAGGUCCAACAACAACAACAAAAUCUACGACGACACCAUCAGGACAGACCACCACAACUGUAGGUCCAACCACUACAACUAAAUCAACAACCACACCCCCAGGACCCACCACCACAACGGAAGGUCCAACAACAACAACUAAAUCUACGACACCCCCUGGACCUACCACCUCAACGGAAGGUCCAACAACAACAACAAAAUCUACGAUGACAACAUCAGGACAGACCACCACAACUGUAGGUCCAACCACUACAACUAAAUCAACAACCACCCCACUUGGACCCACGACAACAACUAAAGGACCAACCACUACAAGUAAAUCUACAACCACCCCACUUGGACCAACAACAACAACCGAAGGACCAACUACUACAACUAAAUCUACAACCAUACCCGUCGGACCCACCACUACAACUGAAGGUCCAACAAUGACAACCAAAUCAACAACCACAACCCCAGGACCCACCACCACAACGGAAGGUCCAACAACAACAACUAAAUCAACAACCACACCCCCAGGACCCACCACCACAACGGAAGGUCCAACAACAACAACAAAAUCUACGACGACACCAUCAGGACAGACCACCACAACUGUAGGUCCAACCACUACAACUAAAUCUACAACCACCCCAAUUGGACCCACAACAACAACUGAAGGACCAACUACUAAAACUAAAUCCACAACCAUACCCGUCGGACCCACCACCACAACUGAAGGUCCAACAACAACAACAAAAUCUACGACGACACCAUCAGGACAGACCACCACAACUGUAGGUCCAACCACUACAACUAAAUCUACAACCACCCCACUUGGACCCACAACAACAACUGAAGGACCAACUAUGACAACUAAAUUUACAACGACACCCCGUGGACCCACCACCUCAACGGAAGGUCCAACAACAACAGCAAAAUCUACGUCAACACCAUCAGGACAGACCAUCACAACUGUAGGUCCAACCACUACAACUAAAUCUACAACCACCCCACUUGGACCCACAACAACAACCGAAGGACCAACUACUACAACUAAAUCUACAACCAUACCCGUCGGAUCCACCACCACAACUGAAAGUCCAACAUCGACAACCAAAUCAACUACCAAACCCACAGGACCCACCACCACAACGGAAGGUCCAACAACUAAAUCAACAACCACACCCCCUGGACCCACCACCACAACGGAAGGUCCAACAACAACAACUAAAUCUACGACACCCCCUGGACCUACCACCUCAACGGAAGGUCCAACAACAACAACAAAAUCUACGAUGACAACAUCAGGACAGACCACCACAACUGUAGGUCCAACCACUACAACUAAAUCAACAACCACCCCACUUGGACCCACGACAACAACUAAAGGACCAACCACUACAAGUAAAUCUACAACCACCCCACUUGGACCCACAACAACAACCGAAGGACCAACUACUACAACUAAAUCUACAACCAUACCCGUCGGACCCACCACUACAACUGAAGGUCCAACAAUGACAACCAAAUCAACUACCAAACCCACAGGACCCACCACCAGUACUGAAGGUCCAACAACAACAACUAAAUCAACAACCACAACCCCAGGACCCACCACCACAACGGAAGGUCCAACAACAACAACAAAAUCUACAACGACACCAUCAGGACAGACCACCACAACUGGAGUUCCAACCACUACAACUAAAUCUACAACCACCCCACUUGGACCCACAACAACAACUGAAGGACCAACUAUGACAACUAAAUCUACAACGACACCCCCUGUAACCACCACCUCAACGGAAGGUCCAACAACAACAGCAAAAUCUACAACAACACUAUCAGGACACACCACCACAACUGUAGGUCCAACCACUACAACUAAAUCUACAACCACCCCACUUGGACCCACAACAACAACCGAAGGACCAACUACUACAACUAAAUCUACAACCAUACCCGUCGGACCCACCACCACAACUGAAGGUCCAACAACUACAACCAAAUCUACAACCACACCAGUUGGACCCACAAUAACAACUAAAGGACCAACCACUACAAGUAAAUCUCCAACCACCCCACUUGGACCCACAACAACAACCGAAGGACCAACUACUACAACUAAAUCUACAACCAUACCCGUCGGACCCACCACCACAACUGAAGGUCCAACAACUACAACCAAAUCUACAACCACACCAGUUGGACCCACAACAACAACUAAAGGACCAACCACUACAAGUAAAUCUCCAACCACCCCACUUGGACCCACAACAACAACCAAAGGACCAACUACUACAACUAAAUCUACAACCAUACCCGUCGGACCCACAACAACAACUGAAGGACCAACUAUGACAACUAAAUCUACAACGACACCCCCUGGACCCACCACCUCAACGGAAGGUCCAACAACAACAGCAAAAUCUACGACAACACCAUCAGGACAGACCACCACAACUGUAGGUCCAACCACUGCAACUAAAUCUACAACCACCCCACUUGGACCCACAACAACAACCGAAGGACCAACUACUCCAACUAAAUCUACAACCAUACCCGUCGGACCCACCACCACAACUGAAGGUCCAACAACAACAACAAAAUCUACGACGACACCAUCAGGACAGACCACCACAACUGUAGGUCCAACCACUACAACUAAAUCAACAACCACACCCCCAGGACCCACCACCACAACGGAAGGUCCAACAACAACAACUAAAUCUACGACACCCCCUGGACCUACCACCUCAACGGAAGGUCCAACAACAACAACAAAAUCUACGAUGACAACAUCAGGACAGACCACCACAACUGUAGGUCCAAUCACUACAACUAAAUCAACAACCACCCCACUUGGACCCACGACAACAACUAAAGGACCAACCACUACAAGUAAAUCUAGAACCACCCCACUUGGACCCACAACAACAACCGAAGGACCAACUACUACAACUAAAUCUACAACCAUACCCCCUGGACCCACCACAACGGAAGGUCCAACAACAACAACAACAAAAUCUACGACGACACCAUCAGGACAGACCACCACAACUGUAGGUCCAACCACUACAACUAAAUCUACAACCACCCCACUUGGACCCACGACAACAACUAAAGGACCAACCACUACAAGUAAAUCUACAACCACCCCACUUGGACCCACAACAACAACCGAAGGACCAACUACUACAACUAAAUCUACAACCAUACCCGUCGGACCCACCACUACAACUGAAGGUCCAACAAUGACAACCAAAUCAACUACCAAACCCACAGGACCCACCACCACAACUGAAGGUCCAACAACAACAACUAAAUCAACAACCACAACCCCAGGACCCACCACCACAACGGAAGGUCCAACAACAACAACAGAAUCUACGACACCAUCAGGACAGACCACCACAACUGGAGUUCCAACCACUACAACUAAAUCUACAACCACCCCACUUGGACCCACAACAACAACCGAAGGACCAACUACUACAACUAAAUCUACAACCAUACCCGUCGGACCCACCACCACAACGGAAGGUCCAACAACAACAGCAAAAUCUACGACAACACCAUCAGGACACACCACCACAACUGUAGGUCCAACCACUACAACUAAAUCUACAACCACCCCACUUGGACCCACAACAACAACCGAAGGACCAACUACUACAACUAAAUCUACAACCAUACCCGUCGGAACCACAACAACAACUGAAGGACCAACUAUGACAACUAAAUCUACAACGACACCCCCUGGACCCACCACCUCAACGGAAGGUCCAACAACAACAGCAAAAUCUACGACAACACCAUCAGGACAGACCACCACAACUGUAGGUCGAACCACUACAACUAAAUCUACAACCACCCCACUUGGACCCACAACAACAACCGAAGGACCAACUACUCCAACUAAAUCUACAACCAUACCCGUCGGACCCACCACCACAACUGAAGGUCCAACGACGACAACCAAAUCAACUACCAACCCCACAGGACCCACCACCACAACUGAAGGUCCAACAACAACAACAAAAUCUACGACGACACCAUCAGGACAGACCACCACAACUGUAGGUCCAACCACUACAACUAAAUCUACAACCACCCCACUUGGACCCACAACAACAACUGAAGGACCAACUAUGACAACUAAAUCUACAACGACACCCCGUGGACCCACCACCUCAACGGAAGGUCCAACAACAACAGCAAAAUCUACGUCAACACCAUCAGGACAGACCACCACAACUCUAGGUCCAACCACUACAACUAAAUCUACAACCACCCCACUUGGACCCACAACAACAACUGAAGGACCAACUAUGACAACUAAAUCUACAACGACACACCGUGGACCCACCACCUCAACGGAAGGUCCAACAACAACAGCAAAAUCUACGUCAACACCAUCAGGACAGACCACCACAACUGUAGGUCCAACCACUACAACUAAAUCUACAACCACCCCACUUGGACCCACGACAACAACUAAAGGACCAACCACUACAACUAAAUCUACAACCAUACCCGUCGGACCCACCACCACAACUGAAGGUCCAACAACAACAACUAAAUCAACAACCACACCCCCAGGACUCACCACCACAACGGAAGGUCCAACAACAACAACUAAAUCAACAACCACACCCCCUGGACCCACCACCACAACGGAAGCUCCAACAACUACAACCAAAUCUACAACCACACCAGUUGGACCCACAACAACAACUAAAGGACCAACCACUACAACUAAAUCUACAACCAUACCCGUCGGACCCACAACAACAACUGAAGGACCAACUAUGACAACUAAAUCUACAACGACACCCCCUGGACCCACCACCUCAACGGAAGGUCCAACAACAACAGCAAAAUCUACGACAACACCAUCAGGACAGACCACCACAACUGUAGGUCCAACCACUACAAGUAAAUCUACAACCACCCCACUUGGUCCCACAACAACAACCGAAGGACCAACUACUACAACUAAAUCUACAACCAUACCCGUCGGACCCACCACCACAACUGAAGGUCCAACAACAACAACCAAAUCAACUACCAAACCCACAGGACCCACCACCACAACUGAAGGUCCAACAACAACAACUAAAUCAACAACCACACCCCCAGGACCCACCACCACAACGGAAGGUCCAACAACAACAACAAAAUCGACGACGACACCAUCAGGACAGACCACCACAACUGUAGGUCCAACCACUACAACUAAAUCUACAACCACCCCACUUGGACCCACAACAACAACUGAAGGACCAACUAUGACAACUAAAUCUACAACGACACCCCCUGGACCCACCACCUCAACGGAAGGUCCAACAACAACAGCAAAAUCUACGACAACACCAUCAGGACAGACCACCACAACUGUAGGUCCAACCACUACAACUAAAUCUACAACCACCCCACUUGGACCCACAACAACAACCGAAGGACCAACUACUUCAACUAAAUCUACAACCAUACCCGUCGGAUCCACCACCACAACUGAAGGUCCAACAUCGACAACCAAAUCAACUACCAAACCCACAGGACCCACCACCACAACUGAAGGUCCAACAACGACAACCAAAUCAACUACCAAACCCACAGGACCCACCACCACAACUGAAGGUCCAACAACAACAACUAAAUCAACAACCACACCCCCAGGACCCACCACCACAACGGAAGGUCCAACAACAACAACAAAAUCUACGACGACACCAUCAGGACAGACCACCACAACUGUAGGUCCAACCACUACAACUAAAUCGACAACCACCCCACUUGGACCCACGACAACAACUAAAGGACCAACCACUACAAGUAAAUCUACAACCACCCCACUUGGACCCACAACAAUAACCGAAGGACCAACUACUACAACUAAAUCUACAACCAUACCCGUCGGAUCCACGACCACAACUGAAGGUCCAACAACGACAACCAAAUCAACUACCAAACCCACAGGACCCACCACCACAACUGAAGGUCCAACAACAACAACUAAAUCAACAACCACACCCCCUGGACCCACCACCACAACGGAAGCUCCAACAACUACAACCAAAUCUACAACCACACCAGUUGGACCCACAACAACAACUAAAUCAACAACCACACCCCCAGGACCCACCACCACAACGGAAGGUCCAACAACAACAACAAAAUCUACGACGACACCAUCAGGACAGACCACCACAACUGUAGGUCCAACCACUACAACUAAAUCUACAACCACCCCACUUGGACCCACAACAACAACUGAAGGACCAACAAUGACAACUAAAUCUACAACGACAAUCCCUGGACCCACAACCUCAACGGAAGGUCCAACAACAACAGCAAAAUCUACGACAACACCAUCAGGACAGACCACCACAACUGUAGGUCCAACCACUACAACUAAAUCUACAACCACCCCACUUGGACCCACAACAACAACCAAAGGACCAACUACUACAACUAAAUCUACAACCAUACCCGUCGGAUCCACCACCACAACUGAAGGUCCAACAACGACAACCAAAUCAACUACCAAACCCACAGGACCCACCACCACAACUGAAGGUCCAACAACAACAACUAAAUCAACAACCACACCCCCAGGACCCACCACCACAACUGAAGGUCCAACAACAACAACCAAAUCAACUUCCACUCCCACAGGUCCCAGCACCACAACUGAAGGUCCAACAACUACAACCAAAUCUACAACCACCUCAAUUGGACCCACAACAACAACUGAAAGACCAAUUACUCCAACUAAAUCUACAACAACAACCACAGGACCCACCACGACAACUGAAGGUCCAACAACAACAAUAACAAAAUCUACAACCACCCCAGUUGGAACCACGACAACAACUACUGGACAAACUUCUACAACUAAAUCUACAACCGUACCCGCAGGACCCACCACCACCACUGAAGGUCCAACUACUACAAUUAAAUUGACAACCACAUCAUCAGGACCCACCACCACAACUGAAGGUCCAACAACAACAAAAUCUACAACCACACCAUCAGGACCGACCACCACAACUGAAGGUCUAAAGACUACCAUGAAAUCUACAACCACCCCAAUUGGACCCACAACAACAACUGAAGGACCAACUCCUUCAACUAUAUCUACAACCAAACCCGCAGGACCCACCCCCACAACUGAAGGUCCAACAACUACAACCAAAUCAACAAUGACACCCACAGGAUCCACUACCACAACUGAAGGUCCAACAACAAUAACAAAAUCUACACCCACACCCGCAGGACCCACUACGACAUCCGAAGGUCCAACUACUUCAUUAAAAUCAACAACCACACCAGCAGGACGCACCACCACAUCUCAAGGACCAAUCACCAUCAGUCCUACUCCAGGACACACUACACAAUGCUUCUGUGUCAUCAAUGGCCAGCACUACAGACCAGGCGAAAUAAUUCUGGACAGGAUACAUAUUGGAGCGGAAGUAUGUCUCACAAUGAUUUGUUCUGAUAUUUGUGAGAUUCACAACAAGACUGAACCUUGCUGGACCACACCCUUGCCAACACCCACCCCCCCUGUUCCUUCGUGCCCUGAUUGGGAUGUCGUCCAAAAUGAGACCUUCUUGUUGUGCAACUGCACCAUGGCGAGAUGCAUUGAGAACAAUACAAUUGAAAUUAUUCCAUACGAAUGUCCACCCUUAAAGAACAUUACGUGCCUCAAUGGAAAGAAACCUGUUCUUGUUCAUGAUGAGAACCUGUGCUGCCAACAUUAUGCUUGUGACUGUGAAUGUAAAGGCUGGGGAGAUCCCCAUUACAUUACAUUUGAUGGCCUCUAUUACAACUAUCAAGGAAACUGUACAUAUGUCCUAAUGGAGGAGAUUGAGGCAAAACACAACUUGAAGAUUUAUGUUGACAAUGUCUAUUGUGAUGCCAAGGAACAUGUUUCAUGCCCGCGGUCAUUAAUUAUCUCGUACAAAUCUGAUGUAAUUGUACUCAAGAGCCAAAACCUUGUUGGAGCAGCAGAACUGGAGGCCUUCAAAGAUGAAAAGCGUUUGAGACUACCCUAUUUACAACAAGACAUGAAGAUCUUCAAUUCUGACAUUGCCUUGGUUGUAGAGCUCAUAUCCUUAGACGCGAUUAUUACAUUUGGAUUAAGUGACUUCACUGUCAACCUGCCCUACAGGUUUUUUGACAGCAACACACGGGGCCAAUGUGGCAAAUGCAACAACAACCAGGCAGAUGACUGCAUGCUGCCCGGAGGGCAGAUUGUGCAGAGCUGCAGUGCGAUGGCUGACUUUUGGCCUGCAAAGGACAUUUACCAACCAAACUGCGAGAUACCAUCUGUGAUCCCGACCAACGAACCUCUACCCCCACCGACACUCACUCCAUGCAAGCCAGACUCUGAUUGUGAUCUUCUCUUGAGCGGUGUCUUUGAGGACUGCCACCCCUUUGUCAAUCCUGACAAUUACUAUGAAGGAUGUGUUUUUGAUAGCUGCCAUGUCUCCAACCCAGCAGUAGAAUGCAUCAGUUUACACAUGUAUGCUGAUGCCUGUGCUCAGGCUGGAGUUUGUUUGCACUGGAGGAAUCAUACCACAUACUGUGAAAGCGAUUGCCCACCCGACAAGGUCUAUAAACCAUGUAGUCCUGCAGAGCAGCCAACCUGUGAAGACAGUCUUUAUGAACGAAGGCUGGACUACAUAACUGAAGGCUGCUUUUGUCCUGAUGGAAUGAAGCUCUUCAACAAAGAGUCAGGCAUAUGUGUUGAUAAGUGCGGAUGUCUUGAUCCUGAGGGUAUUCCUCGUGAGUUUAAUGAAAGGUUUGAGUACAACUGCCAAAACUGCAUCUGCGAGGAGAUCACCAAAUCCAUAAAAUGCCAACCUAAGGUGUGCCCACCAACGCAUGCAGUUAACUGCUCCAUUCCAGGCUUUGUCCUUGUCAACCAGACCAACCCUGCAGACCCUUGCUGUUCUGCCUUAGCUUGCAAUUGUCAAACUAGCACAUGCUCACCCCUCGAUGUGGUGUGUCCAAUUGGGUUUACUGUAGUUGUCAAUGUGCCAGAGGGCAAAUGCUGUCCAGAACACACAUGUGAGGCGAAAAGGGUUUGUGUCCACAAAAAGGCUGAAUACCAGCCUGGUGAUUUGGUUCCUGUGGUUCCAUGUCAGGAGUGUAAUUGUACCAAUGACGUGGACCCAAAAACCGGUUUAUUACAAAUACUUUGCAAGGUUCAACAAUGUCGAGAACAAUGUGAACAGGGUUAUAGAUAUACGGACGCCAACAAGACGAAUGAAUGCUGUGGACGGUGUGAACAGACCCACUGCAUCUUCAACGUUCAUGGUACUCAGCAGCAGCUGAGGCAAGGUGAUACGUGGUCAUCACCGGACAACAAGUGUGAGCAUUACACCUGUUUGAGGAGCGGUGAGGCUUUCACAGCAGUCGCCACACACAUUGUGUGUCCGCCAUUUGAGAAAAGCAACUGCACACCUGGCACCGUUCAAACUGCAGCAGAUGGAUGUUGUCAAAUUUGUGUGCAGCAGGAGAAAGCUUGCAAGCCAGUGCCUAAUAUAGAGCACAUCAGCCACAUGAACUGCGAGUCUUUUGAGAAGGUGGACAUUCCAUUUUGUGGAGGAUCUUGCAGCACUUUCACAAGAUACUCAAGGGAAUCGUCCACCCUGCAGCCUUUCUGCUCCUGUUGUAAGGAUGUCCGAUCUAGCAAUCGCACUGUCAACUUGCUGUGUCAGAAUGGAGACAUUGUUCCUUACUCCUACAUUCACGUGGACGAGUGUGGAUGCUCCCCCAGCGACUGCACCGAAACCGCCGCAGGUCCCGCUCGAAGGAGGCGAAGCUUUACCCUCCUGUAAUUCCAAGUCUACCUUGGGCCAACUCUCAUGGCUAAAAUUAUAACACAUGUACAGUUGUCAACACUCAAAAUCAAAUAAAAGUACAGCAUCUCA